CAUAAAUACCUUUUUGCUUCCCAUAUUGUGUCUUCCUCUCCUUCACACACAAUUAUUUUUGAUUUUUAUGAUAAUUCUAUCACCAUAGAAUCAUCCGAUAAAAACCUAACAUGGAGAAUUGGUUCUCUAAUAUGGCUAUGAAGGGUACUGAUAACUCCUUCAAUGAGAAGCAUCCAACAUUAAUAGGACAUUGUUCUAAUUCAGUGCCUCAUGCUGCUAAUGCUACACAUGGAAAGAAUAAGAGAGUGAGAAGCUCAUGGGAGAUACAAGGUCAUAUAAUGUCAGAGAGAAAAAGGAGACAAGAAAUGGCAGAGAGAUUCAUACAACUUUCGGCUAUGAUACCUGGCUUGAAGAAGAUAGACAAGGUUUCUGUACUUGGUGAAGCUAUUAAUUACGUGAAAGAACUUAAAGAACGCAUAUCAAUGCUGGAGCAACAAUAUUAUGAGAGGAAUAAAAGUACCAAGUCCAUAAUCUCUAUUAGAAAAUUUCAAUCUCAUCCACUUAAUGAUAAUUUGGAUUCCAAUCAUGUGCUCCCUGAAGUAGAGGCCAUUGGCAUAGAAUCAGAGAAGGAAUUAUUACUUAUUAAAAUCAACUGUGAGAAACGUGAAGGCAUUUUGUUCAAACUAUUGUCUAUGCUGGAAAAUAUGCACCUCUAUGUUUCCACCAGUAGUGUGCUUCCAUUUGGGAAAAAUACCCUCAACAUUACCAUCAUUGCUAAGAUGGGUGAGGAAUACAGGAUAACAAUAGAAGAAUUGAUGACAAAGUUGAAACAAGAUCUUUUGAAGUUAUAUGACAUGUAACAUGUGAUUCAUGCUAGUGUAUCUAACAACUUAUAGUUCUUAGAGUAGAGUUGUGAACCGAAAGGAAAACAUGUAAUAAGUAACAUUGUGUUGUUGUGACUACUUUCAUACUAUGCUAUCCGGUUUAUAUUCGAUCUUUCA